AUGGGGGUGAAAAAGGAGUUAGAGUCGAGGGAGGAGGAAAACUGGAAAGAAAAGGAAGGGAUAUUGGUGAAAAAUAUAAAAAUAGGGAAUGGAUGGUGGAAGGUGGUAGGAGUGUAUAUCAAUGAGGAAAGGGAGAGAAUGUGGGAAGAGUUGAAGAGGUUUAUGGAAAGAAAAGAGGAAGGUGUAAAAGUAAUAUUAAGAGGGAAUUUUAAUGCUAGAACGGGAGAAGAAGGAGGAGAAGCAGUGGAGGAAGAGGAAAAAGGGGAAAAGGUAAGGAGAAAGUCUAAGGAUAAGAAGAUCAAUGCGGAGGGAAGGAAGUUGGUGAAUGAAAUAGAAGAGGUGAGGUGGUCUAUCUGGAAUGGAGACAUAAGAGGGGAUGAGGAAGGAGAGUUGACAUAUACUGGAGGGAGGGGAGAAUCGGUCAUCGACUAUGUGAUAGGAGAAGCAGGUUUGAAAGAAGAUGUGGAAAAGAUGGUGAUAGAAGAUAAAGUAGAUUCGGACCAUCACCCGGUGGUUGUAUGGGUGAAAGCGGGAGGAGGACAAAAGAAAAGAGAAAAGAAUGUAAAUGAGGGGAAAAAGAUGGAGAGGAUAAGAUGCUCGGAGGAAGGAAGACAACAACUGGAGGAAGAAAUGGGAAGAGAGGGGAUGGGAGAGAGGGAAAUGGAAGAGGAAUGGAGGGAGAUGAAAAAGCUGGUGGGUAAUGCGUUUAAAGAAAGUGGUGGUGGAAAGAAGUUGAGUAGGAAAGGGUGGUGGAAUGGGGAAUGUAGAGAAGAGAAGAAUAGAUUUGGAGGGGUAAAGUGGAAAAUGGUGAUGGGGGACAGAAUAGAGAGAAGAAAAGAGGACGAGGAGGAGAUCCAAUGGAAGGAAAUAGAGAAGGUGAUGAAGAAAGUGAAGGAUGGAUAA